AUGAAAGACCUGUCCUUGUUCCUCCUGAAGAACUCCCUCUCGUCAAAGCUGAAGAAAGGGAUCAGGAACUUCUGCAGCGGCGCCGCCUCCACGACGACGCUGGAGCAGCAGGGGACGGCGGCGGCGACGGAGGAGGAGGAGGAGGAGCAGGGGGAGGUCGUCGAGCCUCCGAUGACGCUGGAGCAGAUGAUACGGCGGCUGGAGAUGGAGGAGGCGGCGGCGAGGAGGGCAAAGGUGGCGGCGGAGGAGGAGGAGGACCGCCAGCGGCGGCGGAGGAUGUCCUGCGUCAACAGCUCCGACGUCCUCCGGUCGGCGAGGAGGGCUCUGGACCAGUACCCGCGAUUCUCCCUCGACGGGAGGGACGCCAUGUACAGGUCCUCCUUCCUCGCCGGGGGCGAGAGGAGGAGGUUCGCCGGCGGCGGCACCGCCGUCGUCGCCGGCGAGAGGGUCCUCUGGUGCGAGCCCGGGAUAGUUGCCAAGCUGAUGGGCCUGGAGGCGGUGCCGGUGCCUGUACCGCCGCCGCCGCCGCCGGUCGCCGGAUGGCGCGGCCGGCGGCGGCCGAGCGCCGCCGCUGCCAGGAAGGAGAGCUUGAGGAGGACUGGGCGGCGGGAGCUGGAGAAGGAGAGGCUCGUGAUGGGCCUGCGUGGCCACUGGAGGCCGGUCCGGAGGAGAGAGUCGGUCGGGUCCUGCUCGGCGCCGCCGCCGCCGGAGGAGUGGCCGGACUGGCGGCGCUUCGCCGGGUUUCGGUAG